AUUUACGCGGUAGAAAGAAAGAAAGAGUGGCGUGAAAUUAGAAAAUAGAAAAUAGAGAAGAAAAGGUAGCAUAGGCCAGGGCGGCGCGUGGACGUGAAUUGUGAGGCGAGGUGGGGGUAGUAAAAGUAAAAAGUAAGGGAAGGGUGUGUUCUGGAAUCUCCAGAUCAGAUCAGAUCGCAUAGUCAAGUCACGAGACUCACUCAUCUCAUCUCUGUCGAAGUGAGAAGAAAACCCUAAAGAUGGUGAAGAAGCGAGUGCCGGAGUGGCUGAACAGCUCACUAUGGUCUUCUUCCACCUCCAACGAAGACGAUCAUCGCCUCUCUGUCGCCGUACAACCUCCUCCUUCUUCAACCACAACCACAACCAUAACCACAACAUCACAACAAUCCAACAACAACAAUCACAAUCACAUUCACACAUCCAAAGAAGCUGAAGUUGUUGUUGAAGCAGAAGCAGAAGCAGAAGCAGAGAUAGAAACCCAUGCCCCAGUCGGUCCCUCCGCCGAGGACAUUUCUCGCCAGGCCCAGCUCCUUUCGGAGAUAUCAAAGAAAGUUGUAAACAUGCGGGAAUUGCGCCGGAUUGCAUCUCAGGGAAUACCCGACACUGCUGGAAUUCGUUCCACCGUCUGGAAGCUGUUACUUGGCUAUCUACCACUGGAUCGUUCGCUUUGGCCAUCUGAAAUGGCUAAGAAGAGGUCACAGUACAAGCAAUUUAAAGAUGAGCUUUUGAUGAAUCCUUCAGAAGUCACAAGGAGGAUGGAUAAAUUCAAAAGUUGUGAGAAAGAAGACUCAAAAUGUGAAAGCAGGUGCUUGCUCUCAAGAUCAGAAAUAACCCAUGGGGAGCAUCCUUUGAGUCUUGGGAAGACCAGCAUAUGGAAUCAGUUCUUCCAGGACACAGAGAUCAUAGAACAGAUUGACCGAGAUGUGAAGCGCACCCAUCCAGACAUGCACUUUUUCUCUGGCGACUUGCCUUUUGCAAAAUCUAAUCAGGAGGCUUUAAAGAACAUAUUAAUUGUUUUUGCAAAGUUGAAUCCGGGUAUAAGAUAUGUUCAGGGGAUGAAUGAAAUUCUGGCUCCUUUAUUCUAUGUAUUCAGAAAUGACCCUGAUGAGGAAUAUGCUGCCUCUGCUGAAGCAGACACGUUCUUUUGUUUUGUUGAGUUAUUGAGUGGAUUCCGUGAUCACUUCUGUCAGCAACUUGACAAUAGUGUAGUGGGAAUCCGUUCCACAAUAACAAAGUUGUCACAGCUUCUUAAGGAACAUGAUGAGGAACUGUGGCGUCAUCUUGAGGUCACAACCAAAGUCAACCCCCAAUUUUAUGCAUUUCGGUGGAUUACUCUUCUCUUGACUCAGGAAUUCAAUUUUGCGGACAGUCUUCACAUUUGGGACACACUCCUAAGCGACCUUGAUGGUCCUCUGGAAACCCUUCUUCGGGUAUGCUGUGCUAUGCUAAUACUCAUCCGGAGGCGCCUUCUAGCUGGUGAUUUCACUUCUAAUCUCAAACUGCUCCAAAACUAUCCCCCAACAAACAUCAGUCAUUUGCUCUAUGUUGCCAACAAGCUGCGUGUACAAUCCUUGGGCUAAUUUUCUGAGCUACACUUUUUUCCUCUGUCCUCCCUCAUUUUUGUGUUCCAAAAUUUAAUGUUUGUAAAUUAUUGGAUGUAUAUCUGGAUUGAAAAUAAUAACUGAUAGGCAGGAGGUUUUUUUUUUUUUUUUUGGGAACUCAAAUUCAUUGUUUACCUUUAUGUAACAGGCAUGUGUAAUUUUCCAUCGUGCUACCCCCUCCUAAUUCUAGAUUGAUUAGGUGGUUGACCAAGAACAUUUGUUAAUUGUCAUAUUUUUCGUUUGAUGUCUAUAUGAUUCAAGAUAUUGUCAGUUGAGUUUACA